AUGGCAGCCAUGUUCUUGGCAAUUCUGGUUACUGCAAUGAUAAGCAAAGAAGCAUACUUAGUCCAUGGUGAUAUUGGCACUGCAUCAUUUUAUAACCCUCCAUAUAUACCAACUAAAUGUGAUGGUAACACAGAGGAACAAUUUCCACCCGGGAAUAUGUUUGUCACGGUUAGCGAGGGAUUAUGGGACAACGGCGCCGCUUGCGGCCGGCGUUACAGGUUGAGAUGCCUGAGCGGGCCAAAGAGACCAUGUAAGCAUAGGACCAUUGAUGUUAAAGUGGUGGAUUUCUGCCCUCUCAUGCCAUGUCCCUCGACGAUCAUGUUGUCCAGGGAUGCUUUUGCAGCUAUUGCACAUAAACGUGGAAGGAAAAUCAAUAUAGAAUAUAUACAGGUUUGAGAAGGAAGCCAUCAUUAAUACAACCAUAUGAAAGGGCCAGUUUCAGCCUGUGUAAGAAGAAAAAUGCUUGCAUGAAUGCAUGCAAGGAUGACAUUAGAAAUGUGAUAAAGAUGUUAAUAUCAAGUUUGUAAAUUCUUCCAUUUGUACAAGGGAAAAUAGUAUUAA